AUGCCCUCACCAUUUGACACCACCCACUCUUCUCGUCCCGUGUUGGCUAGGAAGCGAACAUCCGAGAGAGGUACUUCAGAACAUGGCAUGGAGAGAGCCGAAUCGCCGUCCGACAGCCUGGAUGGUAAAGGCAAGACAAGAGCGCGCAUCAACAUGGCAUGCAUUCAUUGUCGUCACAGGAAAAUCAAGUGCGACGGAGCCCAACCCUCGUGCUCUACCUGUGUUCGUCUUCGCAGAGAGUGCGAGUACGAGCCGGUGACCGAGUACGAAAACCUCAUGUCUCGUGAGCGCAAACGUAGGAACAAGGAGAAGAAAUUAGCACGCAUGGCAUCACUCGGCAUCUUUGCUGGUCAAUCGCCUCUUUCCAUGUUGCACGCAGGCGCUGCGCUCGGUAUGCCAUCAGCACCACUAGCUCACCACCCUCACUACGUCGGCGACAUGUCUCAGCAGGACUUGGCACCACUCUUUCUCCAAAUGCCUGACCCGCGACUAGAAGGUCAGUCGGUUGACUCUCAGUUUGGUCCCCGUCGCCGUCGCGGCAUCUCCGACACACGAGCAACAACAAUGCAGCACAGGUUUGGUCCUCUCACAUCCCCACUUCCUCAGUCGCCGUUCCAGAAUGCAUCGGUCUCGCAACUACCAACACCAGCACAAGCUUACCGAUACUAUCAGUCGCUCACCGUGUCACCAGCACAACAACACGUCGAAUCACCCAAUGCACCGGUCGAGUUUUACCCUGGUCCUCUGUCCGCACCGCUGGUUCCUUCGGUCACUGCGGGGCCCUUCUUCGACCUCAAUCAGCCCACAACGCCUAGCUUCCAGCAUCAACAGCAGACCAUGACAUCGCCUCACGUCGUCGACCUUAUGGGCCUCAGCACUGCGUCGUCCAUGCCAGCUUUCCCUUCAGGUCGCGCUAAUGCCACCGAGGCCGACUUUGACCUUGGUCUGGUCGACCUCACCGGUGUUCCGACCAUGGCACCCACCUCUGCGCAUGUUCGCCCCAUCGAUCUCCCCGCACCUCACGGUCACGACUUUGCCGGCGUUCCCUUCCCUACGCAAGACGCAUUUACUUCGGAAUUGCCAAUUGCUGCGCUUCGAAGGCGAAGUUCGAUUCACUUGCCUGUCAGUACUUCGGAUGCUUUCUUCAAAAGACCGUCCGUAGCUGAGGUCGCUACUGCUGCACUUAUGCAGAAGGUGGCUGGCAAGCGCUUCGAAAAGGUUAGCACCGAUGUCAAGGGGCUUGCUAAAGAGCUUCUCUCUACCGACUCCACAGGGAUCGUUGCUUGGAAUGCCCACGUCCAGUCACAGAUGCCUGCUUCGAUGGCAGCUUGGAGUGGAUUUCAGUCGGCCGUAUCCGCACUUGGCACCAAGCACGAGAGCAACCGCGACUAUGUUGUGCCUACGAUGCCAGCUAGCCGUUCCAACUCGGACGGUCCCCUCUCUCUUGGUCCCCUCCCUCUUGGUCCCCUCUCCCCACCUACUCCCCUCAUCGGCUCCGGAUUGGUCAAGGAAGAGCAAGGUGUUGAAGUGAUCAGUGCAACUUCGAGCUGCAGUGUAAGCUCCAGCACAGGCGACUCCUUGAUCCAAGCUGAAGUUCCCAUGCUCGAGCAUUCCUACUUUGCUAUCCCAGGGGGCAAAGUCUCGCGCGACAUCUCACCCUUCGCGCUCUCCCCAACAGGAAGCAGCCACCCAAGCUCGCUCGUCGCUCAAGAGGCCUGGACCGGGUGCCGCACCGACAACCUUCCCCUCCUCUCUCCUGUCUCGGAGCUCAAUGCCAACUUUAACAGCCUCAGUGUCUUUGCCAACCCUACCAGCACAUCUGUUCAGCAACCUCAGUCUGGAAAGCAGGAGGAAGUCUUGUUUGAUUCCAACUCGCUCUCAAUGGCCUUCGGUCACGAUGUCAAUUUCUGA